AUGAACGCUGUACGACGGUCACGGCCAGAGGUCGGCCUCGGCCUGGCCGUGUUUGAAAAUCGAAACCCUGACGACACAGCGUCCAGCGUUCAACUCCCACGCACCAGCUACCCGGCCAAACAAGCAGGUCCCCGUCUUGACGCUGGACAAUGGCCGGGCGAACGGCUGGCUAUGGCUAUCUACAAGAUCGACGGCGACUCAUGUCCUGAUUUGGGCAUUGACGACGAAGAACUACUUCAGCCGUCUUCCGCCUUCGGCUGGACCGUGUGCCGUAACCGACUCCUAUUGCGAUUCCCAGAUGACUUCGGUCGUUCCUGUCAUCGCCUGUGCUGUCGGUUUGUCUCGUUGUCCUCGGCCACGAUCGAGACUCAGGAAUGCGUAGAUGCCGACCGAACGCGGUUUCAGUGA